ACAUCCAAACCUCAUAAACUGAAACUGCAGGCGCCUGCGGACUCGACCGACACCAACGACCUAUCAGAACCCCUCAUUCCAAAAAUAACAAAAAAGCCGGCCAAUCUGAUCGCGCCGUACAAAGGAGAGAACGAAGGAGAACCUACGGACGCUCGAUCAAGCACACAAUCACAGUCGCCUCUACAACCACCACCACUACAGCAACCACAACCACAACCACAGACAACAACAGCAGGUCACACACCUACACCUGCACCCUCUACCGAUGCCUCUGCACCGUUGGUGCGACACAGCCCGAGUUUCGGACAGGUGCGCACCCAAACCCUGAGCCAGGGCCAGACCAUGCCCCUGGCUGUGACUGUCCUUGUCCUGGAGGACCUGGUCCUACGCCGCCAGGUGCUGUUCCCACCCAAAGCACAGGCCGUGGGUGUGGUACUGGCACGGCUGUAUGUGGGGGCUGUGCGAGACAUGGUGCGGGGCUGGGGCGGUGGUGCGGACCGUCUGACUCAGAGCAAACUGCCGAGAAAUGGUGGACAAUUAACCAGGACCGGUUCCGUGGUUGCCCAGGUGAUGCCUGGGCCUAAGCCUGAGAUUAGUGGGACCGAGGAUGGACAAUUAACCAGUAAUGUAUAUGUUUCCGGGGCUGCGCUCGCGUGUGCGAGGCUGCUGGCGGCCUCCGAUGAAGCCAAUGCCGAGCGCUUGUGUAUGAGAAGGGGCAGUGGACAAUUAACCAGGAGCCAUGGGCCGGUGCAUGGGGGUGGGGAUAAGGUAGGUGGAGAUAAUGAAAGAAGGUCGAUAGGCGGUAAGAGUGGCGGUAGCGAUAAGGGUUCUAGCCCGAACGAUCCGGCGGGAGAUGCACGCGCUGAGGACUGUGCACUCACACCCGAGCGCAAGAGUACACAUACACACACGAAUACGAAGACGCAUGCAGACACACGCCACACACCCACAAGCACAUGUACACCACACAAGCAGCACACAAAUACAAUCACACACACCCCCCCCACACACACCCCCACGUCUGUAGCCUCGUCAGACACAGACGCUGGCUGUACGAGUACUCCUGAGUGUGUGCAAUCGGGAGAUGUGCCUAUGCAAACGAGUGCACACGCCUAUGAGCAUGGACUAUUGCAGUACACGUACCGGUUGAACUGUCUGUUGUCGUGCACGCGAUUGAGUGACACUGAGGCGUCUAAGCUACUGACCAUUGUCUCAGCAAUACAUCGGGGGAUGCGGGAGAGGGGUUUGGAUCAAGCGGAAG